GGCGUUUGCGGAACUGUUUUGGUCGCGUACCGGAGGUAGCCAGGGUGACAUUUCUCGCAGGCAUGGUCGCGCUCAUGUCGUGAGACUAAACGCGCUUCUUCUGGUCCGUGUGUCGUGUUUUUAUAUUUAUGUGUAAAUAGUUUAAAGAGUUUAAAGAGCGUCAUGGCGGCGUGGAGCUGCCGGGUUCUUCUUCAGCGACUCGUUUCUCUGCGAGCGGCGUCGGAAAGCCCUGCCCACUUGGUAGGUUAUGGAGUUAGGACAGUAAAGACCACGACGUGGUUUGAGGAACACCUCACAGAAGAUAACCAGGAGUACAUGAGGAAGAGCAUGGCAGAGGAAUACAGAAGACAAACAGCUGAGAAGCUCAAUCCCCUCAAAGAUGAGCCCUGGCAGCGCCAUGAGUGGACAGAGGGUAGUCGAAGAGUUGGGUUAGUAGCCUUGAAGUUGGGGAUGGCUCCUAUCUGGACGAAAACAGGAGAAAGACACGUGGUCACCAUGUUACAGGUGCAGGACUGUCAUGUAAUAAAACACCUGACCAAAGAAGAACAUGAUGGACACACUGCUGUUCUCUUGGUUGGAGGCAAAAACGUAUCACCAUUCUAUAGGUCUGAAGAGGAGGUGGAUAUGUUCAGGAAUGCAGGAGUGCCUCCAAAACAGAAAGUCACCAAAUUUAAAAUCUCCGACAACGCCAUCAUCAAGCCAGGCACUCCUCUGUAUGCAGCACAUUUCCGUCCGGGCCAAUAUGUCGACGUCACAGGCAAAUCCAUCGGUAAGGGUUUUCAAGGCGUCAUGAAGCGAUGGGGGUUCAAAGGUCAGCCAGCCACCCACGGUCAAACAAAAACUCAUCGCAGACCAGGAGCUUCUGGACCUGGAGGGGAUCCAGCCAAAGUUUUCAAAGGGAAAAAGAUGCCCGGCAAGAUGGGCAACACCUUCAAAACAGCUUUUGGACUGAAGAUAUGGAGGGUCAAUACCAAGUGUAAUGUGCUGUAUGUUCACGGGUCUGUCCCCGGCCACAGGAACUGCUUGCUGAAGGUAAGAGAUACCAUACUACCAACCAAGAGCUCCAACCUGGUCAACCCACCUUUCCCCACCUACUUCACCGAAGAAGAAGGCGACUUGGCUGAAGACCUGUACGAUGAUGACUUGUUCAUUCACACAGAUCCAUCGUUAACACUGACCUAACCACUCACUCACACACACACACAUACACACACAUGUCACGUUUUCAUUUAAACCCGCAAACUCUGUCUGGAUCCUGUAAUAAAGAGUAAAUCCUUUGAAGGUC